AUGAAGAAGUUUUUGCAAAACAAAAAAGGCAGAUCAUCGCUGCGUCAGAACAAACGGAGCUCUCGAUGUCAGUCCAGAGAUUUCUUCCUCAGCAUGCCGACAUCCAACCAGGGAUGGCCCGAGGAGUUUGGAUUCCAUCUCGGUGGGAAUGGACCUAGCUACAUUCUGUCUGUGGAGGAAGGAAGCAGUGCCCAGCUGGCCGGCUUGCAGGCUGGAGACCAAGUGUUGGAAAUUGAAGGCCACGACGUGUCAACGCUGGGUCCGCAAGCUGUCGUUGCCAUCGCCCAGACUCAGAAGAACGUACCUCCCAGCAUUGGAGUGGUGUCUCGCAUACAGCAGAUGGACAUCAUACCUGGUCCUGAUGGCCGCUUCGGUUUCACCAUUGUCGGAGACUGCCCUUUGCUGGUGGAAGACUGCUCACCCUGCUCCCCGGCCGGCCGUGCCGGUUUGAGGGCUGGCGACUACGUCAUGGAGGUCAACGGUAUCCCAGUCAGGCAGCACGAGACGGCUGCUGCGCUCAUUAAGUCCUCUCAGGGGAGAACGCUACGCUUGGGGGUGCUGGGCCUCGGUGCGAGGCAGAAACGCAGCGUCAGCAUGGAGGAUAGUCAGAUCGGAGGGCCAGGGACAAGAUUGGACCGGAAAUACAAGGCUAUGGAGUUCAACAGGAAGGUUGAGCAGAUUUUGGGUGAUGAGCCCAGCGUUAAAGACAGACUCUUCAGUGUCUUGAAGCAGUACGCAACAGAGAAGAAUGUUGACUGGUUGGCAUCGGUCUUGCCUGAAAUUCUUAUCACAGAUGACCAUCGGCAGCUCAUCUCCAGUAUUCGAAUCUUCAUUCCUAAGAAGCACCGGCAGCGCUUCGAUGAGUCCGUCUCCCAGAACGUGAUCAACAGGCUGUGCCGCAGCAAGAGCAUCAGCGAGCCGCAGGGCAGAAUCCGCCGCAGCCGGAGCGAGGACCACUCGGACCGUCACCACGGGAACAAACGGGCCAGUUCGUUGCCCCGGGAUGGAGGGGAACCCGGAGGGAGGGUGGAGGUGGAAAGAGACAGAGGCCACAGGAAGUCAGUUUCCGGGGUACCUACACACCCCCCAAUUGGACCCAAUCAGAGGCUCAUCCGCGUCUACAGAGGCAAGAAGACGUUCGGCUUCACUCUGCGAGGUCACGCUCCAGUUUGCAUCGACUCCGUUAUUGCAGAUAGUCCUGCUGAAGAAUGUGGACUAAAACCAGGUGACCGCAUCCUCUUCCUCAAUGGACUGGACAUGAGGAACUGUUCCCAUGAAAAGGUGGUGUCAAUGCUGCAGGGCAGCGGCGCAAUGCCCACUCUGGUUAUAGAGGACGGUCCAUCUGAUUACUCCUCAGAGCCGACAGACCCGGAGGAAACUCCGAGUCUGUCUUCCAACACAUUGCCGCGCUCUAGAUCUCCCGUUCUCAGCUCCCUCCAGUGGGUAGCAGAGAUCCUUCCACCGAGCAUCAAAGUCCACGGGCGGACAUUCAGCCAGCAGCUGGAGCACUUACUGACCAUCCAGGAAAGGUACACGGUCUGCAAGGCCCUGGAGACCUUCUUCCAACACAGGAAUGUGGACACUCUCAUCGUAGAUGUGUUUCCAGUGUUGGAUACACCAGCCAAGCAGCUGAUUUGGCAGUUUAUUUACCAGUUGCUGACUUACGAUGAGCAGGAACGCUGUCAGAGCAAGCUGUCACGUUUCCUGGGUUUCAAAAGCAGCGCUGUGUUAGAGCCUGAGGCCAGUACGGAACACCACCGGAGGAGCAGCUCUAUGCGAAUAUCUGGGACGUCGUACCGCGGCUGUGUUCGAGAGAGGAGCUCUGACGACUGCAUUAUCGGAACACACCUGGGAAUGGGAAUUCAUGUGGAUGAAUGUGGCAGCCAGGAGGAGAGGCAGUCAGGAGACGGAACCUCCUUCCCUGAGUCUCCUGACCUCAGUCAUAUGUCAGGUGUGUACACGGAACUGGAGGACGUGUAUGCAGGGAAGAGCGUGUCUCCACUGAAGGGGAGCACCCCGGCGGAGUCCGAGGGGCCGGGGGGGACUGAGGCCUACGGCCGCUCUCUCUCCCCCCUCACGCUCCCCCCUCUCACAGGCAACCGUAAAUCAGGCCUGUCCCUCACCUGGAAGGAGCCCCUCCCCACGUCGUCCGUCUACGGGAUCCACCAUCAGAGCAGCAUGGACUCCAACCCUUACGUCAGCCUGGAGAGCCCCCCAGCGUCGCCCCAGCACAGCCCCAGCACCUUGGACCGCCGCAAGAAGCUCUUCACCUUCUCCCGCCCGCCUCGUAGCCGGGACACGGACAAGUUCCUGGAUGCCCUCAGCGAGCAGCUGGGCCACCGGGUCACUCUCGUGGACGACUUGGUCCCGGGCGAGAACGAUUAUGAGGAGAUGAGCUUCCCAGAGGAUCAGGACAUUGGCUUCAUGCAUCGGCAGCUCAGUAGCGGCAGCAGCGAGGACCACAGUAGCGGGGAUGAGGUUUCCUCUCCCUGCUACUCUUCUGGCUCCGAGCACAUCCCCCCUCCGCCUAAGCAGAGCCCCCCACCUCCUCCACCCUUCCAGGUCUUAUUGCCACCCCCAGUCCAGUUCACGGACCCGGUGCCACCCGUCCGUUUCUCACCCGAGCAUGUUCCCCGCAGUCGAAUGCCCUUCCAGCCCCACCACCCCAUCAUCCCCCCUCCCCCGCCCCCUCUGAGGACCCUUCUGUCCAACCGCUCCCCUCUCCACAAGGCCAGGGAGGAUGCGGACCAACGGCGUUUCCAAACGCUUUCCCACGGCCGCACCACCUUCACCACCACCACCAUCCUGCGCUCGUCCCGCCCCAGCUACCUCCCUCGCCAGCUCAGCCAACCCCAGCCCAUUUGCCAGCCGUCCCCCCAGCCCUCCCCUCAGACGUUGCGGCCGAGCCAGCUCGUCCUGCACAGGCACCACCAGCUCCACCACCAGCACAGCUACCAGGGGCCGCUGCCCUCGUCCCUCCAAGAUCAUGGCCCACCCCGGGAUCACAAACAGGGGCCCGUUGCCUCGUCAGUGAACUGCAAAUCUCCAAACUCUCGGUCCGCCAUUGCCAGCCACACUAAAACCCCCCGACAAGAGCAACAGACGCAGCAGGCUCCCCCACCUCCUCCUCCACCCUUGCCCCCGCCGUGCGACCCCCCUCCCUUGCCCAAGCUGGGUCAAGCCUCAGACAGCAACCACAUGAGCGUUAAGAGGCUGCGCUGGGAGCAGGUGGAGAACUCCGAGGGGACCAUCUGGGGUCAGCUCGGCGAGGAUUCCGACUACGAUAAGCUCACCGACAUGGUGAAAUAUUUGGACCUUGAUCUGCACUUUGGUACCCAACGCAGAUCCAUGUCUCCACCAGAGCCAACCUUCCUGCCCGAGAACUUUAAAAAGAAAGACAUUGUGGAGAUCCUCUCUCACAAGAAAGCCUACAAUGCCUCCAUCCUCAUCGCUCAUCUGAAGCUCUCCCCCGACGAGCUUCGCCAGGUCCUGAUGGACAUGACCACGGACAGGCUGGAGCCCACCCACAUCAAGCAGCUGCUGCUCUACGCCCCCGAUGAGGGGGAGGUCAAAAAAUACGAGCAGUUCGACCAGGACCCGGCCAAGCUGAGCGAACCUGACCAGUUCAUUUUCCAGAUGCUGAUGGUGCCCGAGUACAAAACGCGCCUGAGGAGCCUCCAUUUUAAGACCACGCUUCAGGAGAGGACAGAGGAGUUGAAGGUGGCCUUUGAUUACAUCUACAAGGCCUCCGUAGAACUGAAGACCAGCAAGAAACUGGCCAAAAUACUCGAGUUUGUACUUGCAAUGGGGAACUACCUGAACAACGGCCAACCCAAGAGCCAGAGGACGACCAGUUUUAAGAUAAACUUCCUCACCGAGCUCAGCACCACCAAAACAGUGGAUGGGAAAUUAACCUUCCUGCACAUUCUGGCGAAGUCGCUGCACCAACAUUUCCCAGAGCUGCUCAACUUUUCCAGAGACCUCACCACAGUGCCUCUGGCAGCCAAGGUGAAUCAGAGGGUGGUGACCACAGAGCUGAGCGACCUUCACGCCACCAUCCAGGACAUCCGAGCGGCGUGUCUAAAGAUCCCGCUAACGUCUGAGGAUCACUUUGCUUCUGUCAUGAGUAGUUUUCUGGAAAACAGCCACCCUGCAAUCCAGUCUCUGGAGUCCCUGCAGAGCCGAGCAAUGGAGGAGUUCUCUAAAGUGGCCUCCUUCUUUGGAGAAGACAGCAAGUCCACCAGCACCGAUUCCUUUUUUGCCAUCUUCGCUGAGUUUGUUGCCAGAUUUGAGAGGGCCCUCAAUGAGAACCAGACCCCUGAAAACCCCAGAAGCCCCAAACUGUCCUCCCCUCUGGCAUGGUAGACACAACAUAGUCCAAUCUCCACAACCGAAGUGCCAAAAAUAAAACCACAUGUGGUGAUGCCCCCCACCCCCCCCCCCAAAAAAAAAAGUGUGCUGCCACUUCUCCACCAGAAAAGGAACUACAGGACCCAUAUGUGGAAUCUGGGGUGCCCCUGUGUGGAGGAAAGCUGUUAUUUCAGGUGCUCAGUAGAGCUGUCCCAAAAAUCGGUACUCGUAGGAACGAUCUAUUACGGUAAGUAUUUUAAACUAUGACAGACGUUAUCGUGGAUAGCUCCAGAUAUUUAUUGUAAGAUUGUAAAAAAGUUUAUAUUUUCUCACAUUGUAAGGAUUUCGCAAAGAAGAAGGUUCGAGAAUGUGAAAAUAAAACUCGGAGCGAGAUAUUUUGCCGUAGCUUAGCUUGUAGCCAUUUAUAGGUUAGCGGUUCUCAAACUGGCACAUGCGAGCCAUAGCUCGGGAUUCAUCAAAUAAUUUGCAUUAAAUGAUCAAAAGUAAUAAACUCAUUUUUUUUAGUUAAAAGAAAAGUCAAUUAUUUGAGUUAUUUCUUUUUAUGGAAAAGCACUGUUUGCAGCACCUGGGCAAGGGUGAGCCCUAAGCUAAUUAAAAAAAAAAAAAAAAAAAGAAUUCCUUUAUUAGGAGCAAAUGUGGCCUGCCUCAGAUGACUCAGUCCAGUGUUAAAAAAAUAUAGUGAAGGAUUUGACCACUGUCGACUUGCAUCACUACAGACUGAUGACAUUUUCUCGAAGCUUCUGCCUCUUAACCACUACAAAGCUCUGCUUGUAUAAAUGGGCGUUACCCGAACGAAGGACCUGUAAACGAUCCAUUGUAAAGUGCUUUUCUGGUUGCCAUGGUGACCUCAUGACUCAUCCACAGUGUAGCAGUAGCUGUGCUGUACUGUGUUGUACUACUGAGACUGUCAAUUCACAUUUUUGGCUAUGCACUGCUGACUGUCGUCAUUGUGACUGCUCGGGUUGAGGUCUGGUUUCCAUUUUGUCGUUGAAAAAUAUUCGCAGUGUUCCACAGCUUUCAAAGCAAGAGUGUUAUUUCUGGUAUAAAAAAAAUAAAUAAAUGCAACCAGAACCGCUGCUAAGUAUUGUAACGAUGUUUCUAGUCUAAAAUGGUUGCAUGAUGGUGCAGGUGACAUUGGAACAUAUGCAGGUGGUAGCAAACAACCAUUUUAACAAAAUGAACAUACUCGACUUCUUUUAAGCAAGUUUAUUUAUUUUACUGUUUUGUGUUCUCAGUACAAGUCUUGUGAUUGUUUGACCCUUGUUGUUUGAGUUUGUUUUUUUGGUCCAAUGUUUUUGAUCUAUAAAACUGUCAUGCUCCAAAGUAAACAAUGCCUCUUUAUUCAAACCACCAUCACUGAAAAAAAAUUGUCUGUGUCAAUUUAAAGGCAAUGACAAAGUGUUAUUAUCUGUUUAUAUUGAGUUGGUAGUCUCCCGAGCCCCUAAAGGGACAUUGAAAAAAAACUGGUUUCUCAUUGUAAUGAGUAACUAGUUGCAUGUGUGCAUUUAUAAAAGACACUUAUUCCUUAUUCAGGAAGCUACUGCUAGCAGGUAAAUAUGCUACGACCCAUAGGUGACCAUUUUUCGACACUCUUUGUAAUGAGUAACUUACUCAUGAGUUACAAUGAGUAACUGACUCAUGAGUAAGUCACCCAUACUCCGCCCGACGGAGUAACUUACUCAUUACGAUAAGAAAUCUUUUCUUUUUUUUUUUUUUUUUU